AAGACCACAGAUGGCCCUCCGAGCGGAUGGACUCCAGAACCACUGAGACCGAAGGAAGUGCGGAGUUGAAAACCCUGGAGUUCUAUUCCUUCCACAGCUGCCAAGUGGCCAGGAGAACUAGGGAGUCGAAGCCGACAUGGAGAUGCUCAGAUAAACAGGCCCUAGAGAUUGGCUACCAGUCCUGGAUCCAUCUCAGCGCCACGUCAACUGGUGCUGAAUGUUGUGCCACCGCGGAUGGGAGGCUAGUCGGCGUGCCAAUGUGCAUUCAGCGCCGUGUUAUUCGGUGCUAAGGUGUCUAAGUUCAGCGCCACAAAAGGUUCGUAUUUUAAAUAAGUUUUGGCCACGAUUCAUUUGUAAAAUUAGUUUUUGUAAAGGGUUAAAUUGUCAAAAUUUGUGUUGUUGAAGAGACUUUCUACCGUCUUCAAAACUGUCUUAACUUUUUUUACAAAGUAGUGCAACAUUUUUUUUUGAGAACUAGGUUAUAUCAUCCGGAUCCGGGAGGCAAUCACACGACGUGUCUAGGAGUAGUAUAUUCCUAUCUACGUACUCCCCUUGUCGUCGUGUACAAACAUUUACUGUACCAGCUAGCGCUCCAGUCCAGCCUCCAACCGGCCAUGCCCAUGGCGGCGGCGGCGGCCUUCGCGGCGCAUGUGCUGCGAGGCCGGUGGUUCAUGGCGUACGGCUCCUUCCUCAUUAUGUCGGCGGCGGGGGCGACGUACAUCUUCGCCAUCUACUCCAAGGACAUCAAGUCCACCCUCGGCUACACUCAGGAGCAGCUCAACACCGUCGGCUUCUUCAAGGACGUCGGCGCCAACGUCGGCAUCCACGCCGGCCUCAUCGCCGAGGUCACGUCGCCAUGGUUCAUCCUCGCCAUCGGCGCCGCCAUGAAUCUCGGGGGAUACCUCAUGCUCUACCUCUCCGUCACCGGCCGUGUCGGGGCCAAGACCCCGCUCUGGCUCGUCUGCCUCUACAUCGCCGUCGGCGCCAACUCGCAGGCCUUCGCCAACACCGGCGCGCUCGUCACCUGCGUCAAGAACUUCCCCGAGAGCCGCGGCGUCAUACUCGGCUUGCUCAAAGGAUUCGUCGGCCUCAGCGGCGCCAUCUUCACGCAGCUCUACCUCGCCUUCUACGGCGGCGGCAACACCAAGCCGCUCAUCCUUCUCGUCGGCUGGCUGCCGGCCGCCGUCUCCCUGGCGUUCCUCGGCACCAUCCGGAUCAUACGCACGCCGCGCUCGCCAGCCGCGGCGCGCCGCGAAUACCGCGCGUUCUGUGGCUUCCUCUACGUGUCGCUCGCGCUCGCCGCCUACCUCAUGGUCGCCAUCAUCCUCCAGAAGAGGCUCCGCUUCACCCGCGCCGAGUACGGCGUCAGCGCCGCCGUCGUGUUCGCCAUGCUCCUCCUCCCCUUCACCAUUGUAGUGCGCGAGGAGGCUGCUCUGUUCAAGAAUAAGUCGCCUGAAGAAGAGGAAGCCGACGACGUCCCGCGGGCGCUGUCCGUGGUGACCGCGCCCGCGAAGCCGGCGGCACAGCCUUCGCCUGAAUCCCAGAGACCGACGACGGCGACGGCGAGGAUCCUCCAGGCACUGAGGCCGCCGCCGCGCGGCGAGGACUACACGAUCCUGCAAGCCCUGGUGAGCGUGGACAUGGUGCUGCUGUUCACGGCGACGGUGUUCGGCGUGGGCGGGACGCUGACGGCGAUCGACAACAUGGGGCAGAUCGGCGAGUCGCUGGGGUACCCGCAGCGCAGCGUCGCCACCUUCGUGUCGCUCAUCAGCAUCUGGAACUACCUGGGGCGCGUCGCCGCCGGGUUCGCGUCGGAGGCGCUCCUGGCGCGGCACCGGCUGCCGCGGCCGCUCAUCCUCGCCGUGGUGCUCCUGCUCACCGCUCCGGGGCACCUCCUGAUCGCGUUCGGCGUGCCGGGGUCGCUGUACGCGGCGUCGGUGGUGGUGGGGUUCUGCUUCGGCGCCGCGCAGCCGCUGAUCCUGGCGAGCGUGUCGGAGCUGUUUGGCUUCAAGUACUACUCGACGCUCUACAACUUCUGCGGCACGGCGAGCCCCGUCGGGUCGUACAUCCUCAACGUCCGCGUCGCCGGCCGGAUGUACGACCGGGAGGCGGCGCGGCAGGGACAUGGGGUGGCCGCGGCCGCGGGGAAGAAGGCGUUGACUUGCAUCGGCGUGAGGUGCUACAGGGAGUCGUUCUUGGUGAUGACGGCGGUGACGGUGGCGGCGGCGGCGGUGGCGGCGGUGCUGGCGUGGAGGACGCGGGUGUUCUACGCGGGAGACAUCUACGCCAAGUUCAAGGACGGAAAAACGGAGCUCGGAGUGGACAGCAAUGGCAGUGGCACUGCCAAGGAAUAAUAUACUAGGAUACUGUACUCGUAUUUGUUUGAGGAAACCAAGGAAUAUACUGUACAUAUUACAAACUUUAUGGAAUAAUGGUCCUGUGUGUCGUCUUCCUUCCUGGAAGGGACGACUCACCACUCUGGCCGGCCGUUCUGUUUUGGUCUA